AUGUCCCAAGUUUACUUCGAUAUCGCUGCUGACGGAAAGCCUUUGGGCAGAGUCACCUUCAAAUUGUACAACGAUGUUGUGCCAAAGACCGCCGAAAACUUCAGAGCCUUGUGCACUGGUGAAAAGGGUUUCGGUUACGCUGGCUCUGCUUUCCACAGAGUCAUUCCAAACUUCAUGUUGCAAGGUGGUGACUUCACCAGAGGUAACGGUACUGGUGGUAAGUCCAUCUACGGUGAAAAGUUUGCUGACGAAAACUUCUCUGCCAAGCACACCAGACCAGGUCUUUUGUCCAUGGCUAACGCUGGUCCAAACACCAACGGUUCCCAAUUCUUCAUCACCACUGUUCCAUGCUCGUGGUUGGAUGGCAAGCACGUUGUCUUCGGUGAAGUCACUGAAGGUUACGACAUUGUCCAAAAGGUCGAAAGCCUCGGUUCCAACUCUGGUGCCACUCAAGCCAGAGUCACCAUCGAAGCUUCCGGUGAAUUGUAA